GGUCAGAAUGGUCAGAUGUUUGCAGAUGUUAUGAGAAUGCUAAGAAUGUGAGCUCGAUAGCUGUGUAAACGUCUGUGAAUUCUAACAUUUCUCACAAUCUUUCGUUUUUUAUCGUGUUCAAUACAUUUUAAAUAUUUGAAGACUUACACUACAGAUUUGGUGGAUCUUGUAAUAAAUUUGGUAGAGACAGGAAACUCCUAUACUUAUUAUUUAAGUAGUAGUUGAUUAUUCUAUAAAACAUGGCACAUUACAAAGGAGCAGCCAGCGAAGCUGGCAGAGCCAUGCAGCUGAUGAAGAAGCGAGAAAUUGCACAACAAGAAAUAGAAUUACGAAAGAAGAAAAUAGAAGAUGACUUAAAGAUUCAUAAUAUAGAAAAUAAGUUUGCAACUCAUUACAAUGCGGUUGAACAACAAUUAAAGACUUCCACAAUUGGUUUGGUCACAUUAAAUGAGAUGAAAGCAAAGCAGGAAAAUAUAGUGAAAGAACGGGAGAGGAAGCUUGCUCAGAAGGAACGAGAAAAAGAACAGGAAAAGGAAAGAGCAUUAGCGGCAAAACAAGCAGAAAAGAACAAACAGAAAAGACAGAUUCAAGCGUUGUCUUUUAAUUUAGAUGAAGAUGAAGACGAAAAUGAAGAUGAAGCUGAAGCUGAAGCUGAAACUGAAACUGAAACUGAAACUGAAGUUUCUGACAAAAACAAUGCAGAAAAAUCUAUAAAAUCAGAUGAUACUCGAUGUAAUAAGAAGAUUAAAAAAAAUCCAGAUGUAGAUACAAGUUUCUUACGAAGACAAGAAUGGGCUAGAAAGCAGAAUGCAUUGAAGGAAGAAGAGAUUGAAAUCACAUUUAGUUAUUGGGAUGGAUCUGGCCAUCGUAGAAGUGUUAUAAUGAAGAAAGGUAAUUCUAUCUAUCAGCUUCUUCAGAGAUGUCUGGAAGUCUUGAGACGUGAAUUUAGUGAGCUUAAAACAGUAAUGGCAGAUCAGUUAAUGUAUGUCAAGGAGGAUCUUAUAUUGCCACAUCAUUAUACAUUCUAUGAUUUUAUUGUAACUAAGGUAAAAAUAUUCGCACGGCAUGAUGCUUCUGUUGAAACUGAAGAAUCACAUGCUGGAAAAGUUUUACUUAGAUCAUGGUACGAGAGGAAUAAACACAUUUUUCCAGCGAGUAGAUGGGAACCCUUUGAUCCAACAAAAAGUUAUGACAAGUAUACGGUAUCAGAUAAAAACAGGAAGAAAGAUAAGAUCUGCUAGAUUUAGAUUCAAUAAAUUGUUCAACAUUGAUUAAAGAAUUCGAAUUCAAAGAAAAUAUUGUACAAUAUAAUGCUGUCGAAUGGCUUUACUUCAUCGUAAUUAAUUCAUUACGAGACAGAUUGUAAAAUAUAUGUAUAUAUUUUGUAAUCAUGUUUAUUUUAAACGACUGUGAUUUUAAUUUGUUUAAUACUAUAGCAUUUAGUUUAUUUGAUUAUGUAACUUAAUCAAGAUAUUAAAAGGAAAAUAUGCGAGACUUUGGGGAAAAAUAUAAAAAGA